UCACCGCGCACGGACGUCCGUAAUGGACUUGCAGCUGUUCCCUGACAAACAAUAACAAGAGCAGCGAGCGACUGAACGAGCAAACGGCGGCGGCUUUUCCGCGUCUGUGACCGCGCUGAUAUUGAGCCCGCGAGGCGUCUCGACUCUGACAUUACCGGCGAGGAAAACUCUGGCCUCCGCUGCCUCUUCUUCCGACUCGGAAACCGGCGGAGCUUCGCCGCCACCGCGGAAGAAAAGCCGAGUCUCGGCGGCGGAGGGAGCAGGACAGAGCGGGGCGUCUGCAGCCGGGAUCACGGGCCUCUCUGCGGCGUCUCUCCCAACCCCCCACCGGCGCUCGGCCAUCGGCUUCAAUAACAGCCCACAGGCGCGCGGAUCCGCCACCGUCACCGCGGAUCUUAACAUGCAGGCCAACGGCACCGGAGGACAGGAGCCGGAGCCGCAGCUGUCCUGCCGGAACGGAGAGUCCUCGUCCUCCGCCGCAGGAGCUGUGCACUCCAACGGGCUGCUGUCCUCCGCUAAUAACGGGCUGCCGUCGUCCACCGAGAGCCCGGCUCCGGACACCGGGAUGAAGAAGAAGAAACGGCUGUCUCAGAGCGACGAGGACGUGAUCAGACUCAUCGGACAGCAUCUACACGGGCUGGGACUCAAUCAAACUGUGGACCUGUUGAUGCAGGAGUCAGGCUGUAGACUUGAACAUCCUGCUGCCACCAAGUUCAGGAAUCACGUGAUGGAGGGAGAAUGGGAAAAGGCUGAGAGUGACCUGAAUGAGCUGAAGGCACUGAUGCAUUCACCCAGCGCUGUGGUGCGGAUGAAGUUCCUGCUCCUGCAGCAGAAGUAUCUGGAGUAUCUGGAGGACGCCAAGGUUCUCGAGGCACUGCAGGUGCUCAGGUCCGAGCUCACACCGCUCAAGUACAACACCGAGCGCAUCCACGUCCUCAGCGGGUACCUGAUGUGCAGUAAUUCGGAGGAUCUGCGUCUGAAAGCGGAGUGGGAAGGCAAAGGAACAGCCUCGCGAUCCAAACUCCUGGACAAGCUUCAGACGUAUCUCCCUCCGUCAGUGAUGCUGCCUCCGCGGCGGCUGCAGACUCUGCUCCGUCAGGCUGUGGAGCUGCAGAGAGAUCGAUGUCUUUACCACAACACCAAGCUGGACAGCGGCCUGGACAACGUCUCGCUGCUCAUUGACCACGUCUGCAGCAGGAAACAGUUUCCCUGCUACACCCAGCAGAUCCUGACCGAGCACUGCAAUGAAGUCUGGUUCUGCAAGUUCUCCAACGACGGCACCAAACUGGCCUCGGGCUCCAAAGACACCACCGUGAUCAUCUGGCAGGUUGACCCUGACUCUCAGCAGCUCAAGCAGCUCAAGACUCUGGAAGGUCAUGCCUAUGGGGUUUCCUAUCUGGCCUGGAGCCCCGAUGACACUUACCUGAUAGCGUGCGGCCCAGACGACUGCUCUGAGCUCUGGCUCUGGAACGUUCAGACAGGGGAACUGAGAACCAAAAUGAGCCAGUCCCAUGAGGACAGCCUGACCAGCGUGGCCUGGAAUCCAGACGGCAAGCGUUUUGUUACCGGGGGUCAGAGAGGCCAGUUCUACCAGUGUGAUUUGGAUGGGAACCUGCUAGACUCUUGGGAAGGCGUCCGUGUUCAGUGUCUGUGGUGUUUGGGUGACGGCAGGACAGUUCUGGCCUCAGACACACAUCAGCGCAUACGAGGAUACAACUUUGAAGACCUGACUGACAGAAACAUAGUUCAAGAGGACCAUCCUAUAAUGUCCUUCACAGUGUCAAAGAAUGGAAGAUUAGCUCUGUUAAAUGUCGCAACUCAGGGGGUUCAUCUGUGGGACCUGCAGGACCGGGUAUUAGUCCGGAAGUACCAGGGUGUGACUCAGGGCUUCUACACAAUCCACUCCUGCUUUGGCGGAUACAAUGAAGACUUUAUCGCGAGUGGCAGUGAAGACCACAAAGUUUACAUCUGGCACAAGCGUAGCGAGCUGCCGAUCGCCGAGCUGACAGGACACACGCGCACCGUCAACUGUGUGAGCUGGAACCCGGUGCUGCCGGGCCUGAUGGCCAGCGCCUCUGAUGACGGCACGGUCAGGGUUUGGGGUCCCGCGCCCUUCCUCGACUCCCAGGACACCGACGGACUCACCGUAGAAUGCUAUAGCAUGGACAGUUGAUGUUGACUCUGGAGCAGAUGUCCACUUCGGGAAACACACAGUGAGACACACUAUAGACUUUUGUGAAUAAAGAAUGAGAAAUGAAGUAAACGGAACGGCAGUUUUUUCCAGGCGGUUUCACAUCCCCACCUGCGGAGACGCCGUUUCACUCGAUUAAACAUGACGCCGGCGGCCAUCUUUUCACCAUCUGACUUCGCAUCCGCGCGCCGCAUCACUUGACGGACAUGACGAGGACACGCCCCUUUGGUUGAAGCUCCGCCUCCUCCUGCAAACACUGCAACCUGAGUGGACGACUGCUUCCUGGAGACACCCACACACAAACACACACAGCGUUAUUUAUUACCGCUUUAAUUUAUUAUUGUGAAUGAAUCAAGGCCUCAGGCCUGCUUUGUGUUCCGUAUGAUAAUAUUCAGUCGGCGAGGAGACUAAAAAUGCGGAGAGAAAACCAAUCAUAUCCUUACUUUUCAGCAUGAACUUCUUUUGGCCGCCUCGUCCGCUUGAAAGUGAGUGUCUUCACCAGCAGAGGUAAUGUUUUAGUUUAUUCUCCACUAUUUUAAAUGACUGAAUUCACAGGCAUUUUUAACAGCUUAACAAACCCACUCAUGUUUUUGUUUUCGUGGUACUGGCAAAGAUUUGAUCGAUUGUUUUUCUUUCUUCUGGAGACGGAAAUUUACGAAGACGCAUUAAAAUCCAGCGACCCAUAGACUUCCAGCAUGCUAAACGUCCUGCUAGGUUACAAACACAUGUAAAUAUCGGCCUUCGUAAGUGGCUAGUAGCUGUUCAUGUCAUGAAAUCAAGGUCGUUUUCGCAGUGAAUGUGUGUGUGAGGAACGAAUUUGACCUCCCAAAAAUGUUUUGUUUGUCGCGAGCGCUCCGUUGUUUUCUCCUUGUUUCAUGUUAUUUUUAAAGGGGGAGUGAAGCAGUCAAGUUUACAAUAUUUUGUACAUUGGAUUCCACUUUAAUGAAAAUAUAUUAAACACACUGGAUUAAUGUAACCAUUUAGAAAGCAGCAUGUUUUACUAUCAAUUUUAGACCUAGGGCGCCGCCAUCUUGGAAUAUCGCUGUGUCUGACGUCACGGGGUUGGUUCCGUUCCCUCAGCUGAGCAGAUACAGUGAAAGUAAAGGACUGAACAUGAAGACUAAACAGAUUUAACACAAUGCAUGAAGUUGUGGACGUGGAGCUGCUGCAAAUACAAGCAUCAGAUGUUUGUCUAAUGUAAACAAUAUAAAUAUGAAGAGUUCAGAUGCAAAAACCUCUAAAAACCUUCUGAAGUUUUCUACUAAAAUGAGCAUUUUUCCCAGCCUCAUGUUUAUGUUGAAGUAUUUCACUUUAAAGGCGAUGAAAAGAAUUUAUUCGUGACGAUAAAAUUUCUGAGCCCAGUCGAAGAAAAAAAUGCUCAUUUUACAAGAAAAUAUCAACGGCAUUUAGAGGUUUUUGCAUCUAAACUCAUAUUUAUUCUGUUUUUCCUUUUUUCCCUUUUAAUUACCCUGCUGAAAAAACCAGCUUAAACCAGCCUUGGCUGGUUGGCUGGUUUUAGCUGGUUGACCAGCCUGGUUUUAGAGAGAUUUGGGCCAUUUCCAGGCUGGUUUUCAGCUAUUUCCAGCCUGGUCUUAGCUGGUCAGGCUGGAAAAUGACCAGCUAAAUACAACUAAAACCAGCCUGACCAGCCUGGUUUAAGCUGGUUAUAGCUGGUUUUGGCUGGGCACCCAGCCUGCCUAGGCUGGUCAAGCUGGUUUUAGCUGGUCAUCUCCCAGCCUGACCAGCUAAGACCAGCCUGGAAAUGGCCAAAACCCCUCUAAAACCAGGCUGGUCGACCAGCUAAAACCAGCCAACCAGCCUAGGCUGGUUUAAGCUGUUUUUAUCAGUAGGGUACCGAUCAUUUGAUGUGAUUUGGUCCACUUUCUGUGUUACGCUGCCUGACAGCCUGUCUGGGUUUUAACCAUGGUAGUAACUAACUACUUCCAAUCCUUUACUUCCACUGUAUCUGUUCAGCUGAGGGAACAGAACCAACCCCGUGACGUCAGACACCGCGAUAUUCCAAGACGGCAGUGUUCUAGGUCUAAAAUCGAUAGUAAAACAUGCCGUUUUCUUCUAAAUGGUUACAUUAAUCCAGUUUGUUUAAUAUAUUUUCAUUAAAGUGGAAUCCAAUGUACAAAAUAAUGUAAACUUGACUGCUUCACUCCCCCUUUAAUGCUUUUUUAAAUCGUGUUUAUGAUUACUCAUUGUUUUAUUGGCUUUUAUUUAGUUGUUUUCUGUUGGCUUCAUUGCUUUACCCUUGUAUUAUGGUAUAUAUCUCGGCAAGUGGCCUCUUAAAUGCUUUUUUCUAUCGGUGAAUUUCUUAUACUUUCAUACCAUCAGUACGCGCAGGUGUACUCUUAAUGAUUUGGGUAUUCGGAGUGUGAUCACUCCAGCGAACUACUUUGCCUACUUUGAGUUCUUCUGUAAUUAUGUGCUCUUCAUAUGAAGAAUCUAUAGAUAUAAAUAUAUAUAUAUAUAAAUUAUAUAUAUAUUAAUACAGACUUGCGUGUGUGUAUUUCUCGCCAUGUAUCCUCCCUUACAGAUGUUAAGCGUUUCUCACCUGCAUCAGGUAAACUCCUUGUACAGGUUACUCGUACCCUGACCUGUUCUGAGUGACGCGGGGAAAAAAAAGGCAAAGCGGUGCAUGCAGAAACACCCUCACACGUGGAGAUCUCACACACUCGUGGUGUUGUACGUUCUGGUUUAUGCAACUGAACUGCUUUCCUUUGCUUCUGAAUAUUUGUGUUUCCUUCCAGUCUUAGUUUUUGAGGUUGUUGUGCUUCGGGCUGGUGAACUAAGCUAGACUUUUGGGCUACGACUAAGUUUAUUGCAGUCAGGUUCAUGAGGAUCUGUCCUGCAUUUUCAGUGUGUUAUUAUUCUAAGUGAUUGUACUAUUAUGUAAUGUUCUGUAGGAGAGGUGUUAUGUAUACAUACUUUCAAUAAAGCAUUCAGGGUUUUAAGACUA